ACACACACAUACACACACACACUCUCUCACACACUCCGGCUCCGCUUUUGUGUUUUGUCAGAAUUAAUGAGAAAAGUUCCCUUGCCCUAGGGGUAAUUAGUGUCCUUGGAGUUAAAUAAGCUAAUACUUAGGCACCUCUGGCACAGGCAAUUAUGUUUGUGUAUUGAAUAAUUGAUUCAAAGAGGGGGGGAAGGGCCGCUAAUCAGAUCUGAGCAUAAUGAAUUGAUUUAAUUAACAGGGGAAUCUGAGGGUCCCUGGGAAAUGCGGGCGUUUAUUCAGCAGCCGGAGAGGGCAGAGGCACAUAAAUUGCGAACGGGCGGCGGCGGCGGCUUCGGCUCGGGCUCCAGCUCCUCCUCGCUCUCUCGCUCGCUGUCCCUGGCCGCCGCCUCGCCCGCCAGCGGACAAGCUGCUGCUAUUGCCCCGAAGCGAGCCAGGCUCCGAGCUCUGGGUUCUGGGCUCCGGGCUCCGGGCACCGAGCGCCGAGCUCCGAGCAAGCUCGCGCUCCCUUCUGUUGGCUUCCCGGCGCACGGCCCGCUCCCGCGCUCUUGCCAGGCUGCCCUUUCACAAAUUCAUUAUUAAUCUCCCCCCCACCCCCCUGCGCGCCCGCCUCCCGCUGCACAACAGGGGCCCGGGCUGGGGAACCGGAGCCGGAGCCGGAGCCGGAGCCGGAGCCGAGGCAGGGGCCGGGAUCCAGAUUGGGAGAAGCAGUGCCGGCCGGGUCCAGCCCGGGCCGGGCGGAGGGCACUCUCUGAGCGGGCCGGCCCAGGGCCGGCGGCCGCCGCCUCCCGGUCCCGUACCCUAGUCACUGUCCCCUCUGGGGCUCCCGAUCAACCGGGAAGCGGCGGCGUCUUGCCCACGCUCCCCGGGGCGGGCAUCGGCAGCAUCCGCCGGUGGACGAAGAGCCGCGGCGGCGGCGACGGCAGCAGCGGCGCGGGCGCAGCGCCCCGGCAGCCAGGACAAUGGUGCUGGAUAAGGAGGACGGGAGGAAGUAAAGACCUAAAACGGGCAGCAGAGACCAGGACAACUGAGAGUGGAUUGACAAACUGGGUACGAACAGAGGACAGCAACCGGGAGGCUGAGGAAGCUCAUUCUGCUUGGCCCCAGAGGGCAGAAUCAGCACGAAUGAAUGGAAGUGGCAUCGAGGCAGAUUUGGGCUCCAUGUAAAGAAAAACUUCCUAACAGUCAGCUGUCCUCAAUAUGGAAUCGACUGCCUCUGAAGGUGUGCCCAUGCUGUCCGUCCACCCCAAGGGGAAACAGAAAGGCUGUGCUGGCUGUAACCGGAAGAUCAAGGACCGAUAUCUCCUGAAAGCCCUGGACAAGUAUUGGCAUGAGGACUGUCUGAAGUGUGCCUGCUGUGACUGCCGGCUGGGAGAGGUGGGCUCCACGCUCUACACCAAGGCCAACCUCAUUCUGUGCCGCCGGGACUACCUGAGGCUCUUUGGCACCACAGGGAAUUGUGCUGCCUGUAGCAAGCUGAUCCCGGCCUUCGAGAUGGUGAUGCGGGCCCGGGACAAUGUCUACCAUUUGGACUGCUUUGCCUGCCAGCUCUGCAACCAGAGAUUUUGCGUGGGAGACAAAUUUUUCCUGAAAAACAACAUGAUCUUAUGUCAGAUGGACUAUGAGGAGGGGCAGCUGAAUGGAAGUUUUGAAUCACAGGUUCAGUAGCAUCCUCCCUGCCCUGGUCUGGGGGCUCUGGGGCCAGCCCUGCCAGCAGCUCACCAGCCCACUCUGGCUGCAGCGAGGGAGACCGCCAUUGGCCUGGCUUGGCCCACCCAUGAUCUUUUUAAAAUUCUCCAUCUACAGAGGGACCCCUCCCUCCUUGGUCCCACGCCAUCCCUGCCAGGCACUGAGCAGUUACAGGUGUAGAUGUGCGGUUGUGCCCCUGUUCCUGAGCCCUGCCUCGCCUUUCCCCACCUCACCUAGCUAGUCUGUGCGUGAGUCUGGGGGCCAGGCAGGGCCUGUACAGCCUGUCUUCUGUAUAUAAACUGGAACAUUUAUUUUAUGAGAAAUGUAAUGCAAUUUUAUUACUGGUGUGAAUUAAAAAAGUAUGAAUGUUU